UAUUUAUAAUUAUUUAUUCAUAUUUUCUAUUUACGGUAAUAUAUCAAGUGAAUAAAUUAAAUAAUACGUGAGUAAAAUGUCAGAUUCGCAUAUUUAUAAACAUCAUCGAAUCCAAGUAGGCGAACAGAUAAAAUAUGUGCUUUGUUAUUGGUCUCAACGAAUCUUGUUGAGAAGAUUAAAAAAAGAUGACGUCUGGCCAAUGAAAAUAAAGAAAUAAAUUCUUUUUACUGAUGGCUCAUGACAUCUGGCGGGAGUUUUCAAAACAGCCGCACGUUUGAAAUUACUUUCAAUCGAUAAGCGGACAAAAAUAAGGUGCAAUUAUUGAUAAAUGUUGAGGAAUUUAUCAAGACGCGUUGGAGCUGGGUAUUGGAACUGUCAUAUUUUGAAGAAAUUUAUCAGCGGUACUGGUUGUAAGAAUAAUAACAACAGCAAGAUGGUUAAAUACUUGAAGCAAACAGAAGCGAUAAAUGUUGAUAAAGAUUUAUUUGACAAGUACAAAUUUAGCGUUGAUCAAUUGAUGGAACUGGCGGGUCAAAGUUGCGCAAUAGCUGUUGCCAAGACGUAUCCAUUGGCUGGUAAUAAAAAUGAUUAUGUUUUAGUAUGUUGUGGUCCUGGUAAUAAUGGUGGAGAUGGUCUCGUGUGUGCCAGACAUUUAAAACUAUUUGGAUACAGUCCUGAAGUAUAUUAUCCCAAGAAAACUACUAAUAAAUUGUAUGAAAAUCUACUGCAUCAGUGCAGAGAAAAUGAUAUUCGUAUACUGGAUGAUACUGCGGCUAUAAAAGACACAAAAGAGUAUCGAGUUAUUGUCGAUGCGUUGUUUGGAUUCAGUUUCAAGCCGCCAGUCAGAGAGGAAUUUGUUUCUAUCGUUGAUUUAUUGAAAACUGCAGGCAAUAUUUGCAGCAUCGACAUUCCUUCGGGUUGGGACGUCGAAAAUGGACCACCAGACGGAGGGAUCAAUCCGGAGACUUUGAUCUCACUCACGGCUCCGAAAAUCUGCGCUAAAUAUUUUAAGGGGAAGUUCCACUACCUGGGGGGUAGAUUUGUCCCAAAAAAACUGGAGGAAGAAUAUGACUUACAAUUGCCCAAGUACCCCGACACUGAGCUCGUUGUUUUGCUGUAAAUUGAUAAUGUUUUUUAUAAUUUUAUAAAUUUGGCGGGAGGAUUUAAGGGGAAUGGAAAUUUAAAAAUUAUAAUUUAAGAAAUAAAUAAAGACAUUUAUUAUCAGAAAUCAUUCAUCUUUAUUUGACAGAAUGACACUUGUAUAUACCAAAGUAUUAAUCCAACGGAAGUAAAUUACAUAUAUAAUAAUAAUUAUAUAUAUUUAUUCAUUUAUAAUAAUAAUAUAAACGAUAAUAAUAAUAUUAAUAAUAAUAAUAAUAAAAAAUAAAACAUAAAGAAAAAAAUGCAUUGACAUUAAAAGUGUAAUGUACAACGUAUAUGUAUAUAAAAUGAUUAAAAACUAAAGUCGAUUCACGGCGUGAAUUUUUUUAAAAAAUCAUAUAGACGUGGAAUGGAAAAUAUACAGGAUACAAUUAAAUCGAUAAAAAUAUUUAUGGAUACUACAAUAAGAUCCAUUUUCUUUCAUUACAUUUUUUGUUCGUUAUUUUAAAUAUUUUAUUUUUUUUUUUUCUUAUAGAUGUGGCCGCAUAAAAUUUAUGGAAAAAUACCUCGAACGACAAGAAAUCGCUCAUGCUAAAUUAAAAUCAAACUACUUGCACUUUUAUUUCUUUUGCAGCAUCUAAA